CGGGUAGACACAGGAUGGAGGUGGAAAUGGAAAGGGGGGAAGAAAAGAAGCAAGACCGGGUGAAGAUGUGCAGAUGGGUGAGAAUGACGUGGAGGAGCAGCUGGGGUUACAUCGCAGGGCACCAACUAUUCACCCUUCUAUGGAGAGGUCAGUCCAUGGUAUUCCGCUCCCCCCUAGACCUCUAUUCCUCCCACUUCUUGUUGCCAAACUUCGCCGAUUCUCACCACUGCUCCCUACUUCUGGCGAGUAGCGGCGGCGGGAGCAGUGCGGGCGGCGGCGGCGGCGGCGGCGCGGGAGGAGGCGGCAGCGGCGGCGGGAACCGUGCGGGAGGCGGCGGUGCUGGCGGAGCAGGCGGCGGCGGCGGCGGCGGCGGCUCCAGGGCCCCCCCGGAAGAGUUGUCCAUGUUCCAGCUGCCCACCCUCAACUUCUCGCCGGAGCAGGUGGCCAGCGUCUGCGAGACGCUGGAGGAGACGGGCGACAUCGAGCGGCUGGGCCGCUUCCUCUGGUCGCUGCCCGUGGCCCCCGGGGCGUGCGAGGCCAUCAACAAACACGAGUCGAUCCUGCGCGCGCGCGCCGUCGUUGCCUUCCACACCGGCAACUUCCGCGACCUGUACCACAUCCUGGAGAACCACAAGUUCACCAAGGAGUCUCACGGCAAGCUGCAGGCCAUGUGGCUCGAGGCGCACUACCAGGAGGCCGAGAAGCUGCGCGGCCGCCCGCUCGGCCCGGUGGACAAGUACCGCGUGCGCAAGAAGUUCCCGCUGCCGCGCACCAUCUGGGAUGGCGAGCAGAAGACUCAUUGCUUCAAGGAGCGGACUCGGAGCCUGCUGCGGGAGUGGUACCUGCAGGAUCCCUACCCCAACCCCAGCAAGAAACGCGAACUGGCGCAGGCCACCGGCCUCACUCCCACACAAGUAGGCAACUGGUUUAAGAACCGGCGACAGCGCGACCGUGCCGCGGCGGCCAAGAACAGGCUCCAGCACCAGGCCAUCGGACCGAGCGGCAUGCGCUCUCUGGCCGAGCCCGGCUGCCCCACGCACGGCUCGGCAGAGUCGCCGUCCACGGCGGCCAGCCCGACCACCAGUGUGUCCAGCCUGACGGAGCGCGCGGACACCGGCACUUCCAUCCUCUCGGUAACCUCCAGCGACUCGGAAUGUGAUGUAUGAUAGCCAAGGCCGCCCUCCUCCUUCCCCUCCUCCCCCCCUCCACUCUCCCCUCCUCCUCCUAUCCCAGCUCCUCAUCCUUCUGCUCCAUCCCUAGAACAAACCGAAAUCAGGAUACACAGCCACACACACACACACACACACACACACACACACACACACACACACACACACAUACACGUCCAUACACACUCCCACCCCAGCCAAAAAUUAUAUAUAUAUAUAUAUAA